GAAAGGGAGCUACACUCCGUAGCUCCAAGCUUUGGCUUCCGUAAGUCCACACUAACAGUACCUCCUGCCUCUUGAUAAUACUUUUAAAAAAUGGCUCUCGUCUCUGGACCAGGACGAGCAGGUUCUGUUGCUCUGCCAGAGGAACUUCAGCUCGCCAUCGAACCCCAUGUGAAAUACAUACAGAGUCUCGACUCCGUAAGUAUCCAUCCUCUUCGCAUCCCCGCACUUGCUGACAUCUUCUGCUUAUAGCGCAAAGAUGAGCUCGAAUAUUGGCACACAGAACAUCUACGGAUAAACGGACUCUACUGGGGACUCACCGCACUCUAUCUACUUGGCCGACCUGAUGCGCUACCGAGACGGGAAACAAUCGAUUUCGUUUUGAGCUGCCAACAUAAAAAUGGUGGAUUUGGAGCUGCGCCAGGUCAUGACGCCCAUUUGUUGUACACAGUUAGUGCCGUGCAGAUAUUAGUGAUGGUGGAUGCUGUUGAAGAUCUAGAGAAGAACUUGAAUGGCGAGGGAAAACAUUUGGUCGGUAAAUGUGAGUGCUUUCAUAUUUACGUUCGACGUGGCCAUACCAUUACUGACUUCGAUGCGCAGACCUCGCCGAUCUACAAAAUAAGGAUACGGGGACCUUUGCUGGGGACGAGUGGGGCGAGGAAGAUACAAGAUUUCUUUACGCAGCGCUGAACGCACUUUCACUGCUACAUUUUCUACAUCUGGUGGAUGUUGACAAGGCAGUAAAUUACAUCGUUUCGUGUGCGAAUUUUGAUGGUGGUUACGGAGUUAGUCCGGGAGCUGAAUCACAUUCGGGACAAAUAUUUGCCUGCUUAGGUGCCUUGUCAAUUGCGAAGCGGGUAGAUGUGGUCAACAUCGAUAAACUGGGUAAAUGGUUGAGUGAGAGGCAAGUAGAGUGCGGCGGAUUGAAUGGCAGACCGGAGAAAAAAGAAGAUGUUUGUUAUAGCUGGUGGGUUGCGACGAGUCUCGCCAUGAUCGGAAGGCUACAUUGGAUCGAUGGAGAAAAGCUCACCAAUUUCAUUCUGAAGUGUCAGGAUACAGAGGAAGGUGGCUUUGCCGACAGGCCGGGGGAUAUGGUUGAUGUCUUCCACACUUGCUUUGGUAUGGCCGGCUUGUCUCUUCUAGGAUUCCCUAGUGUCGAUGAGGUUGAUCCAAUUUAGUAAGUUCUCACAUCUCCAACAAUUGUGCUCUGCGCUGGCUAAUUUCGUCCAGUUGUAUGCCGAAGAAAAUUACUGAGCGAGUGCUAGGGCAGUCUUAGGAUGCCCUCUGCUUCAAUGAUAUAAUGAGUUGUGAAUAGGGUGAACGUAUUCGCGUUGAUUCCUUGGUCAGACCCUUGCACUUUGGGUAUUUUUAGUAAGUGGAAUCUAGAGCUCUUCCCACGAGUCCAGUGCUAGAACUUUUUGUAUAAAUUAUUGAGUACGCAAUAUUCGCACCUGAAUAUGGAAUUGCUUAAGUAUUCAGAAGCCUCUCUUUCUUUUAUUCUUACUGCAGUC